UCCGAGCAGAGCUUGACAACGGAAAACCCGAACUGCAAUAACUUGUUGAUUUAAAAUAAAAUUAGGUCGUCUUUUUUAUGGUUAAUAGCUGAAAAUGAGGCCAAUUGAAAAAUGGAAAGAGACGGUUCGUGAUCGUGUUUAUGACCUCGCCUUCAAGCCAGAUGGCAGCCAAAUUAUAAUGGCUGCAGGGCAACGUGUGCUGGUCUGCGAUGCCAAAGAUGGGACAAUUAUUCAGCCUUUAAAAGGACACAGUGAUACAGUGUACUGUGUGGCCUAUGCCAGGGAUGGUAAGAGGUUUGCCUCGGGGUCUGCAGACAAAAGCAUUAUCAUUUGGACUUCUAAACUGGAGGGUAUUUUAAGAUAUACCCACAAUGAUGCAAUCCAGUGUGUCGCCUACAACCCAAUCACUCACCAACUUGCUUCCUGCUCAUCUGGUGACUUUGGCUUGUGGUCCCCUGAACAAAAAUCUGUAAACAAGAAUAAAGUGAGUAGCAGAAUAACAUGCUGUGGGUGGACAAACGAUGGGCAGUACCUCGCCCUUGGCAUGAUGAAUGGUGUGGUGAGCAUACGGAACAAGAAUGGAGAGGAGAAGGUCAAGAUAGAGCGUCCAGGAGGAUCUUUAUCCCCAAUCUGGUCAAUAGCGUGGAAUCCAUCCAGGGAUGAUCACGACACGCUGGCUGUGGCAGACUGGGGUCAGAAACUCUCCUUCUACCAGCUCAGUGGGAAACAGGUUUUAAAAGAGAGAACUCUAAACUACGACCCCUGUUGCAUCAGCUACUUCUCCAAGGGCGAGUACAUUGUGAUGGGUGGCUCAGACAAACAGGUGUCCCUCUAUACUAAAGAUGGUGUGCGGUUAGGAACCAUUGGAGAGCAUAAAGCAUGGGUGUGGACAUGCCGAGUUAAGCCCGACUCCAACUACGUGGUGUGUGGCUGCCAGGAUGGGACCAUCUAUUGCUACCAACUAAACUUCACCACAGUUCACGGCCUCUACAAAGACCUCUACGCAUACAGAGACAACAUGACCAAUGUCAUCGUGCAGGACCUCAUCACUGAGCAAAACUUGAGAAUCAAAUGCCAUGAGUUGGUAAAGAAAAUCGCCAUCUACAGAAACCGCCUGGCCAUACAGCUACCCGAGAAGAUCAACAUUUGCACGGACGAAUUAUCCACCAUGGAAUACCGCAUUACUGACAAAAUCUGCAAAAAGUUUGAGUGCAACCUGCUGGUGGUCUGCUCCCAGCACGUCAUUCUCUGUCAGGAGAAAAGGCUCCAGUGCCUGUCUUUUGCCGGUGUCAAGGAAAAAGAAUGGGUGAUGGAAUCUAUGAUUCGUUACAUCAAAGUGAUUGGUGGCCCGCCAUGCAAAGAGGGUCUACUUGUGGGGUUAAAAAACGGAGCUAUCUUGAAGAUAUUUAUCGACAACCCCUUUCCAAUAACGCUGCUGAAGCUGUCGUUGUCAGUGCGCUGCCUGGACAUGAGCGCGUCCCGCAAAAAGCUGGCUGUGGUGGAUGAACGUAACACCCUCCUCGUCUAUGACAUCAAAAGCAAAGAACUACUUUUUCAGGAGCCUAAUGCUAACAGUGUUGCCUGGAACACGCAGUGUGAGGACAUGCUGUGCUUCUCUGGGAACGGCUAUCUGAACAUCAAGGCGAGCAACUUUCCUGUGCACCAGCAGAAAAUGCAGGGCUUUAUGGUCGGCUACAACGGCUCGAAAAUAUUCUGUCUCCACGUCUAUUCCAUGUCUGCUGUCGAGGUGCCUCAGUCAGCACCCAUGUACCAAUACCUAGAGAAGAAGAUGUUUAAGGAAGCUUAUCAGAUCGCCUGUCUCGGUGUGACAGACAGUGAUUGGAGGGAUUUAGCCACAGAAGCUCUGGAGGGACUUGACUUUGAAACCGCCAAGAAGGCCUUUAUUAGAAUAAGAGACCUGCGCUACCUGGAGCUGAUCAGCAGCAUUGAGGAGAGGAAGAAGCGGGGCGAGAACGACAACGAGCUCUUCCUGGCAGACGUCUAUGCCUUCCAGGGGAAAUUCCGCGAGGCAGCUAAGCUCUACAAACGCGCCGGCCAUGAAUCCAAAGCUCUGAGCAUGUACACCGACCUGCGCAUGUUCGAGUACGCCAAGGAGUUUGUUGGUGCUACAGACCCACAGAGCUCAAAGUUACUAAUAACGAAGCAGGCAGAUUGGGCUAAAUGCAGCAAGGAGCCACGAGCUGCAGCUGAAAUGUACCUGUCAGCAGGAGAACACGCGAAAGCUAUAGAUAUUAUUGGAGAACACGGCUGGGCAGACAUGCUGAUCGACAUCGCCCGUAAGCUAGACAAGGCUGAGCGUGAACCGCUGGCGAAGUGUGCGAUGCACUUUAAGAGGCUGAGACACCAUGGCUAUGCCUCAGAGACUUAUUCCAAGAUGGGGGACUUGAAGGCUUUGGUGCAGCUGCAUGUGGAGACGAGACACUGGGAAGAGGCCUUCUCGCUGGUGGAGAAGCACCCACAGUUCAAAUAUGACGUCUUUGUGCCUUACGCCCAGUGGUUGGCUGAAAACGAUCGCUUCGAGGAGGCACAGAAAGCAUUUCACAAGGCCGGGCGUCAGAAUGAAGCAGUAAAAGUCCUGGAGCAGCUUACCCACAAUGCAGUGGUGGAGAACAGGUUCAACGACGCAGGCUACUAUUACUGGAUGCUGUCUAUGCAGUGUUUGGACAUUGCCCGAGAAAACGAAGAACAGAAAAAGGAAAUGCUGGAGAAGUUUGAGAGCUUUCAGCAUCUUGCUGAGCUUUAUUACGUCUAUAGCUCCAUUCAGCGUUACACGGAUGAACCUUUUAGUUCCCACAUGCCAGAGACAAUCUUCAGCCUCUGCAGGUUCCUGCUGAACAACCUCACCAAGGAUGUACUUCCAGGGAUUUCUAAAGUCAACACCUUGUUUGCUCUGGCCAAGGAGAGUUGCAAACUGGGAGCGUAUAAAUUGGCCAGAUAUUCCUACGAGAAGCUGCAGGAGCUUCACAUUCCCUCACGCUUAGUGGAGUCCAUAGAGCUGGGCAGCCUCACAAUCCACUCCAAGCCCUUCCACGACAGUGAGGACUUUAUUGAAGACAUGAUGUGCUACCGGUGCUCCACAAACAACCCGCUUCUGAACAGCAGGGGCAGCGUGUGCAUCAACUGCAGGCAGCCUUUCAUCUACUCCGCUUCGUCAUACGAGGUGCUGCCUCUGGUGCAGUUCUACCUGGGGGAGGGAAUCAGUGAUGAGGAAGCUCUGUCCCUCAUCGACCUGGAGGUUCCUCACACAGAAGAUUGCAAAGCACGAGGCCCCAACAUGGGCAGCGGUGACCUGGAGGCUUUGAGGAUAGACGACGAGUUGGAUCAUACAGACGACGAUCCGUUUUCAGCCAAAAUGAGCUUCGAGCAAGGGGGCUCCACCUUUGUCCCCGUCAAGGUGAGCCGUUCAGUGCUGCGCUCCAUGAGCAGAAGGGACGUCCUGAUCAAACGCUGGCCCAAGCCGCUCAAAUGGGAAUACUUCCGCUCCCUGCUGCCGGAUGUGAGCAUCACCAUGUGCCCCAGCUGCUUCAAGAUGUUUCACAGUGAAGACUAUGAGAUCCUUUUGCUGCAGCACAACUGCUGUCCUUACUGCCGCCGACCCAUUGAUGAACCCAACUGAUCAGCACUAUAUUAAAUUUAUCAAACAUUUCACUUAUUGCAGUAAUUCUUUUUAUGCUAAAUACCUCAUUAGUAAAUAGUAAGACCUCCAAGUACAAUCAGGCAUUUUAACACAAUAAUUCAACAGGACCUGUUUAAAUCAUAUAAAAAGGAAAGGAAAAAAGAUUUAUCCACUGGCACUUUCAAUUUGCAUUGAAUGAUUAGUUGAAAGAUGCAAUUUAAUAAUGCAUUCCAUUUUUACUCAGAAGUGGAAGGGUCUCUGGUGGGACUUAAAAAUGUCAUUAAAAGUGUUACACUUAAAAUUUAAUUCACAUUUAGUUUUGGGGACUUAAAAUCUUCCUAAACACCAGAUUGAAAAAUCUGUUGUGCGAUACUUUUUCUUGUUAAACCUUACAGUCGCACUCAAUACUUUUAGUGAGGUUUCUCCGUGUUUGGAGGUACACAAUGGAGAUUGCUAGUAGUAAUUAACUUGUCGACUAAUCACAUAAAUUGGUAAGUGAUACUGGUCAACAACAAGGUCAUCAAGGUCAGGGUAAGGCUUUAGAGGUCAGUGAAGCACAGCAUGAAUACCCACAAUCACCAGUUUUGUUUCACUGCCGUCCCCUUAAGUUCACACAUAGAGAUCUCAAAACUGUCUUCAGUUAAUCACAAAUGGUCUUAAAAAAACUCACCUAUUCUACAUCACAGUUCAUUCAUAUCUAUUUUUAAAUAACAUCAUCAAAAUUUCCUGUGACCAUUAAAGGCAGUACAAGUACACAGACAGUUUGAGAACCUUUCAUUUAUUUUACAUUUUAUUUUCAGGAAAAUUAGAAAAUAAUCAUCUUGGAGCUAUAACUUGUAGUUUUUUGUAAAGCUGAGUUAUGUAAAUUUGUUGUUCUAAAUUUCAGGAAGCAGAGGUAAUGCAUGUUGGGUUUGGGAAUAAAGGUACUUUGUGUACAGUGUAAGAUACAUAAAAAAUUUGAGAAACAUCUCUUUUUUACUGUGUUGUGCAUGUUACAACACAAAGAUCUGUGUAUUUUCUGAGCUUGUGUACAGAUUGUAUCAACUAUAAUAAAAUAUGCUGGCUUUCA